AUGGAGGUUGACAAGGAACAACAUGAGGAUAUCUCUACGUAUAAUACAAAAUAUGAGCCAGAUGAUGGAAACCAAGAAUAUGAUUCGCCUACAGAGAAUGGUGAAAAUAAAGACAUUCACUACAAUAGCCAAUCAGAUUCGGAAGAAGAAAUCCACAAAACAGUUCCUUCAAAAUCAGAUAGGAAGAGGGGCAUGACUCGAUUGCCAAAACUAAAGAGUGAAUAUGUCAAUUCUGGUGGAAAAAAAUGUGUCAGGUUUGAUGAAUUUGGUAAGUUUACAGGGAAUAAUAAUGCAGUCUUUGUUAGCUAUUUGCGUGAUCUUGUCCGCAAGAAGGUGGGAUUAAGUGCUCUUUGCUGGAAAAAAUUUAAACCGGAAAUGAAGGACAAACUAUGGGAAGAGAUAACAAAUGUGUCACAAAGGACUAUCAAAGCGAGAAAGAUGUCAAAGUAUGAUCAUCGGAUGGGACGAGGGGGGUAUACAACUCUUAGGAGGAAGUUGAUUGAAGAGAAUGUGAUUUCGAAGGACGAAAUUCCCCCAAGGUCAGUUAUGUGGUGUAAAGGGCGUGAAAGUAAAGGAGAAAUUAAGGAUGAAGAUGUUAAAAUCAUGGCUGAUAAACUAAUGGAACAUGAGAAGAGGAUAAAAGAAGGACACGUAAAUGUUGAACCAGGAACGGAUACCAUGACCUUAGUUUUUGGAAAGGAAAAGGGCGGAUUUUUAAAGGGUGUGGCACGAGAGUCACUUACAACAGAUAUUUCAAUGUUCCACGCAGCAAAGGAUCAUCUAAGGAAGAAAUUAAAGAUCUUAAAUUUGCACUGCAUAAUGGAAAACUUGAGCUUGAGAAAAAAGAUGAUGAACUCAAGGCUUUGUCUACAAAGGUUAAUGAACAAGAUCAAACACUAA